AUAAGACACCACCGAGCAAACACAGCGUCCGCGAUACAGCAUCACCUAAGGCCAAUUCUCCUCAUCCGACGGACCUGGGAAACAACCCUUUUACCUCGGGGCAAGUUCUCCCCCUCUCACGGCAAGGUCCGAUCUGGGCAUGCUCUUUCCUUGUUCAAUUGCCUCGCACAAGCAGUAGAUUUGAUUCUGCCAUUGGCGACUUCAAUACCCUCCAGAAGAAAACGCUCCAUAGAAGAGCGCGGCUCCGAACUCGUCAUCGCCACAUUUCCCGCCUCAGUUCGCUUACUCACUCGCAUGCUCCGGGAAGCCCUCGACUCGUCCCAAUCUUGAUGGCUCGGCAAUUGAUAAAUUUAUUUUGGAUUUCUCUCAAUCUCAUGUUGAUACCGCGAUAACACGGAUAAACUCGCCCUCCUCGAGGGGAUAUUUAACAUGGCUAAGGCUUCGAGCUCCACGUCCUCGGACGUGCCACUCCAGCCUCUCACAUCAUCGGGCGCCAGGAGAGAAGAUUCUAUGGCCGACUCGACACGAGAACCAUCAAUAUCGAGACCGGGACGCUCCCGCUCCCCGACACGGCCCUCCUCCCCAGAGUCCCCUCUGGCCCACCUCAGAGCCCGCAUUCCCUUAUUUAGUCCCAGCCACCACCGCGGCGACGACGGCGGCCAUCUCGACAAUGCCCGCUCGGACUCGGGCUCUGAAUACGAACUCCUGCUCGACCCAAACCUCCCUGCUGACUACUCGCAACGUCAUCAGCCCAUUCCCCGCCACUCCCUUUCCAGCGUCGACCACCAUCACCACCACCAUCACCACGACGGUACUGGGCCCAAGAUCUCUCUGGACUCGGAAGACCUUGACCCGUUAGUUUCUGGAGGUGAAGAGGGAGAGGACGGCGACGACCAUGAAGAUGAGGUAGAAGAUUCGCCCUACCCGGAAGUCCGCGCCGCUGUCCACCCCUACGACGACCCGACUUUGCCGUGCAACACUGUCCGCGCCUGGACCAUCGGGCUGGCCCUGAUCUUCUUGGGUGCGAGCAUGAACACGCUCUUUUCGCUGCGGUCGCCCAACAUCAGCUUGGGUGCGCUGAUUGCGCAGGUUAUUGCUUGGCCUCUCGGGAGGGGCUGGGCCCGGUUUGUUCCCGAUAAAGAGGUCAGGAUGCCGCUGCCAUGGUUCGGCAAGGGUACGCGGAUGGGCCUAGGUAUCAAAAGGGUGAGGUUGGCAUUAAACCCCGGCCCGUUCAACAUCAAGGAGCACGCCAUCGUCGUCGUCAUGGCCAGCGUUUCCUUCUCCGUGGCGUAUGCGACCGACAUCAUCCUGGCCCAGAAGGUAUUUUACAAGCAAGACUUUGGCCUUUUGUGGCAACUAUUUCUCGUUGUCUCAACCCAGAGUCUCGGCUACGGCAUUGCCGGCAUGAUGCGGAGGUUCCUCGUGUAUCCCGCCUCCAUGAUCUGGCCUGGCAAUCUGGUGUCGGUAACGCUGAUGAACGCCAUGUACGAGAGCACAGAGGACAGGGAUCCCACCAUCAUUGGCGAGUCGAUGCCGCGGUACAGGUGGUUCGCUCUGGUUACCGCCGGAUCCUUUAUCUACUACUUCAUCCCGGGCUUCCUGGCCCAGUUCCUCAGUUCGUUUGCCUUCAUGACAUGGCUCGCCCCGGAGAGCCCUGUCGUCAAUCAGCUGUUUGGAUACACGACCGGUCUGUCGCUGCUGCCCAUCACCUUCGACUGGACCCAGAUCUCGGGCUUCGUUGGUUCGCCACUGAUACCGCCAUGGCAUGCCAUUGCGAACACAAUGAUCGGCGUUGUCUUGUUCUUUGUAGUCCUCGCCUCUGUCCUCCACUAUGGCGGGGCUUGGUACUCGCAGUACUUGCCCAUGAGCGACUCCAACACGUAUGACAACACGGGGAAACCGUACGAUGUAUCCCGCAUCCUCUCUGCGGACUACACCCUGGACGUCGAGGCAUACAACAAUUAUUCCCCCUUAUUUCUAAGCACAACAUUUGCCAUUUCCUACGGCCUUUCCUUCGCCGCCAUUGCCUCGCUGAUUGUAUACACAUACUUGCACCACGGCAAGACCAUCUGGCGACAGUACAAGAGUAGCACGACGGAGAAACCGGACAUCCACAUGAAGCUGAUGAGGCGAUACAAGGAGGCGCCAACUUGGUGGUAUAUGUCGCUCUUUUUUGUGAUGCUCAUCCUCGGCUUCGUGACCGUCCUCGCCUGGCCCACCAACAUGACUUGGUGGGCCUUCUUGCUGGCCGUUCUCAUCUCCUUCGUAUUCUCCUUACCGAUCGGCAUCAUCCAGGCCGUCACGAACAAUCAGAUUGGACUGAAUGUGCUCACCGAGUUUGUAUAUGGAUACAUUCAGCCGGGCCGGCCGCUGGCUCUGAUGAUUUUCAAAACUUUUGGUUACAUCACCAUGUCUCAAGCCCUUACCUUCGUAUCCGACCUGAAAUUCGGCCACUACAUGAAGAUUCCGCCACGCACCAUGUUCAUGGCCCAGGUCGUUGCUACUACCUUUUCCUGUUUCAUCCAGGUCAUGGUCCUCAAUUACGCCCUCAAGACCAUCCCAAAUGUCUGCGAGCCCACACAACCUGACCACUUCACCUGCCCUGGCGGGCGCGUGUUCUUCUCCGCAUCCGUAAUAUGGGGUUUGAUCGGCCCCGCUCGCAUCUUCUCCCCGGGCCAGAUCUACUCUUCACUCUUUAUCUGCUUCUUCCUGGGCGCGGUAACGCCCAUCGUGAUUUACUUACUUGCUAAGCGCCGCCCAAAGUCCUUCUUGCGUUACCUCAUGGCACCCGUCAUCUUCGGCGGCGCCGGCGCCAUCCCACCUGCCACGCCCCUCAAUUACCUAUCGUGGGGCAUCGUUGGCUAUGUGUUCCAAUAUCUGAUCAAGAAGAGGCACUUUGGCUGGUGGAGCAGGCUGAAUUUCCUGACGAGUUCUGGAUUGGACCUGGGGCUGGCGCUGAGCACGCUGUUCAUCUUUUUCGCCUUUACCCUAAGGGAGGUCGAACCACCCAGGUGGUGGGGUAACGAAGUGAUCAAAGAGACAAUGGACUAUAGAGGGGAGGCUGUACAAGUAGUGAUGGCCCCUGGGGAAACCUUUGGGCCAGCUGCGUGGGGCUAAGGUGCUACUUGAUCCUGCUUGGCUGAGCGAAGUCCUCGCCGCAUGGAGAACUUAAGUGAUGACUGUUGUAAAGCAGGGACUCGUUGCUCAUCUGCU